UGCACUAUUAUUCACAGUAACUCUCGGCUCUCCCAAAUUAUACUUACACUUACGUACUCUGCAAAGUAAUACCUGUAUGUCGACCUAUUGUUAUCAGCUAUCAGCUCUAUGGUAUCAUCAACCAGCGCGAUAAGAAGGCGAUAACUGAUAAGCUGUAUUUUUAUAAUUGUAUAGUACAUCUCAGUAAAAAUCAUCGUCAUCGGCAUCUGCAGUACAUAUAUAUACUAUUAUGACGGCGAUGUGAUGUGAUAUUAAGUAGCAAACGUUGCAGACGACGCACAACUGGACAAACGAGCCUUCUUCUGUAGAGUCCGGAGAAAAGUCCAGUAUAUACCUACCCCGUGCUCGGCGCUGUUGCAGCGGCAGCAUAUCCAUGAGUAGUGAACUUCGGCGUACGGCUGUCGUCACCGCGUCAGCAGCAGCAGAUUCCUUAAACCAGACGCACGACCGAGAUAGCUCUUCAACUGAUGCUGAUGACGACGACAACGAACAAUAUCUUCGUAGUAUGACGAAGGACUUGACACAUAAGGUUAAACGAAGACUUCGAGAAAGGUCUUCUAUUGCAAAACUCUCAGCCGCGAAAGAUCAGGUCGACUGUCCGCAGUCUUGUAGAUGGAGAAAACCACAGCAGGAAGUGCCGGGAACUCAUGAGAAAAAGGUCAACCCUUUGAUAUCCAGUGAUACUUCAUUAUUAUUAAUAUUCCACUCAAAGUUUCUUGAAAUCGACUCUCCAUCGACAAAAGACAGAGUUCAACAUUUCUUACUGGACUCAUAUGACUUUAACGAGUUAUGCGAUUAUAUUCAGAAACUAGUUAUAGCUGAUAUUGCAGACACUAAUUAUGAAAUUAAGCAUAUUUUUAUAAAAAACAGACCUGGAGAUGACACAAUAGAUAUUUAUAAAAUCAUAACAAAUCAAGAACAUCUUGAAGAUUGUAAUAAAGUUAUGGAGUUGACCAAAACAAAUUCUGAACUAAAGGUAGUAGCUGAAUAUAUUCCUGCAGCUGAGAGUACCGAGAUCAAAGUAUCUGCUACAGUUGAAAAUUUAAUGAAAAAAUUUGGAGAGACGAAUUGUUUUAAAAUGAUGGAUGAAGCAAAAGCAACUACCGAAGUUGACGAAGCCUUAAUUGGUGAUGGUUACAAAAAUAACGAUCCUUCAACUAAUUCGAAAGAUCAAGAACCAGACUUUCAAGAACCAAAUGCUUUAAGUUUGAUGAAACAGAAAAGAACCGUUGUCAUGAAAAAAUCACUCUGUACGGAUUUGUCAAACACUACUCAAACAAUGGUGGGACAAGACAAGUUUUUCAAAAACUUUGAUAAGUAUGAAAGCGAUGAAUCGAUUUUUGCCAGUGACACUGAAUCUUCAAAAAUCCACUUUGUUGGCUUAGUAAAUCAAGCAAUGACAUGUUACCUCAACAGUCUUUUACAAGCACUAUACAUGACACCGGAAUUCAGAAAUGCUCUGUACACAUGGGAAUAUACAGGCACAGAAAAAGAAGCAACAAAUAUUCCGUUUCAACUACAAAAACUUUUUUUGAACUUACAGACAUCAGGAAGGUCGGUUGAAACAACUGCACUAACUCAAAGUUUUGGAUGGGAUUCAACGGAAGCUUGGAAUCAGCAUGAUAUUCAAGAAUUGUGUCGUGUUAUGUUUGAUGCCUUAGAAAAAACUUUUAAAACCACGAAACAUCCUGAUUUCAUCAACAGACUUUAUGAGGGAAAAAUCCUUGAUUAUGUUAAGUGCCUAACAUGUAAUUUGGAAAAAUCUAGAGAAGAUUCUUUUCUUGAUAUUCCUUUACCGUUAAGAUCCUUUGAUGGUAGUGUCACGUACGGUAGCGUGGAGGAAGCAUUAGAAGCGUUCAUUAAGUAUGAAACACUAGAAGGAAAUAAUCAAUAUUUUUGUGAGAAAUGUAAUAAGAAAUCUAAUGCACAUAAAGGACUCAAGUUUUCUAAAUUUCCGUAUAUUCUUACGUUGCAAUUAAAACGUUUUGACUUUGACCACAAUACUUUUCAUAGGAUCAAGUUGAAUGACAAAGUAACGUUUCCAGACAAGUUGAAUUUAAAUUUGUUUAUCGCAUCCAAUCAAGAAACUCCUAGUCAAGACGAUGCUGAGAGUAAUGGAAAGGGUGUCGAUAUUGCUGCUGACGAAAGUAGCACUGAUGCACGCGAGGAGUCGAGUAAUAUGCCAUUAUCCAACAACAGUAAUCAUUUGUCAAACAGCAAUCACGAUCAAGAUGAUGAUGAAGGUGAAGGUAUCGAAAUGUGCAAUGGAUUAUCGGCUUACAAUGACAUCGACAAGAUGCGUGAACAUUAUGCGAAAGCGAUAGGACCGUACAUCUAUGAGCUUUUCUGUAUUAUGAUUCAUAGUGGCAGCGCGAAUGGUGGCCAUUAUUAUGCUUAUAUAAAAGAUUUUAGAAAUAAUAAGUGGUGGUGCUUCGAUGACCAGAGAGUUUCGCCUAUAACAGAAAAAGACAUUCAAAAUACAUAUGGUGGCGGAAGUGGCAGAACUCUAUAUUACAGUAGUCAAUAUCGUAGUAGUACAAAUGCAUACAUGCUCAUGUACAGGCAAAUCGAUAACAAACGCAACGUCUUGCCGAUCGAAGCGGAAAACUUCCCACCACAUUUGAAGAGCUUGGUGGAGAGGAUGACUCUUAGGUGUGAAGGGGAUAACAAUUAUGGAGAGCUAGAGACCCAUGAGCAGAAAAUAAGGUUAGACAUAUUGUUCCGCCGGCCUGAAGAUCAAGAGCUUGAUCAGUUAGAGCUUGUAGUCAGCGGACCGCUGAUUCAUACUGUUGGCCAGAUAGCUGCGAUGGCAUUCAAAAAAGCCGACUUUAAAGGCUCACCCGAUCCCGAUCGUAUACGUAUUGUUUAUUACAAUAAAAAAUAUAAUCUCGUUGAGCGAGUGCUGCAUUCUGACAUGCGGAUCGAUACAUACAUGGACCAGUAUCCGAUCAAGGAUCUGAUGCUAGAAGUAGUACAACCCAACGAAGAGUUCGAACCUCAUCCGUCCGAUCCCAUCGUCACAAAGGUUUACUUGGUAAAUCCUAAAGAAAAUGAAUUGAUCGAUGGUCCAAAAUACGUAAGAGCAUACGCUGAGCAAUCUAUUCGAGAGUACAAACAACAGCUAAAAAAAUACUUUAACAUAGAUCCAGAAGUUGUACAGUUGAUGAUUCCGGAAAUUUUGCCGAAUGAACUAAUGAAGGACGAUGAAAAGUUUGAAGGAAACAUUAGUGGAACUUAUCCAUAUAAGGUGAUUGCUACGGAAUUCUACAAUACUUGUAAGGAAAAAAAAUUUCAGUAUUCAGACUAUUUAGAUAUGAGCUCGCGCCUAAUAGACACCGUCACUUUUUAUAUUGAUUCAUCUAACGUUUCGGAAAAAACGCUCAACUUGCUGAAGAUUCCAUCACUUCAAAAUUACUAUGUAGAAGAAAAGAGUCGAGACAGUGCUUCCAACCACAAUCAUCUUUCCGAGGAACUCUCAAAAAUUCACGUUUCACCAGACAAAAGUAAAUCAACUUCGUGCGAGGGUAUCGACGCAGUGAGUAGCCAAUUUAUACUUCAUGACAAAGACAGGGGCAACUUGUGGAAUUUCAAUUAUGGCGAGCCGAGCAAUAGUGAGGAUAGUAGUUUAAGUGAUAGUGACAAAACGAUAGUGAACGAAGACGUAACUGAAAAUGCUGUCAUGCUCGAUGAAGAAGCGCAAUCUUACGUUUCUACUAAAAGCUUUGAUACCCAACAGCCGUUAUUUAACAAAACGACUAAUGGUGCACUUCCGGCGUGUGACGUCAUAUUUAAAAUUGAGUAUCUGAAAAAAGAAAAGCUGUGGCUUGUUACGAAGGACAAAGAAAUGACCGAAUAUGAGUUAAAAGAAAGAUUAGAGCCGUACAUAAAGGUCCCUAAGAAUUAUUUCAAAGUUACUGUAUCCCCACCUGACAGCCCAUAUUGUUCUCAACCUGGUGUAACGGUAUUCCGAGAUGAUCGAAAAUAUACAAUUACUCUGGGACGAGUACUUCAGCCCAACGAAAAUUCUAUAGAGAUUUUUGCCUUAAGAAUGGGUGACUCGCAGGCUCUGCAAAAGUUACUAGAAACUGGAGUAAAUAUGAAUUGUUGCAUUAGAUUAGCAAAGCACCAGAUAUACUCGGAGCUACGAAAAAUCGGCUGUGUUGACGUGCCUUUCGAAAGGUUACGCUUUGCCGAAGUCAAUGGGAGCUGCACAGUGAGCGAGGAACUAAAAGAUUCCGAAAUGCCAGUCAGAUUCAUAACCAACAUAUGCGUCCAAGUGUUACCACCUAGUGACAAUCAUGAGUCGUCGAAUCAUGUUCAAGUUUACGUGAGACGAUGGAACCGCUCCAAAAUGCAGCUUGAUGAUCCCCAAGAGAUAAGUGUUCCCAAGAGCACGUUUAGCAAGGAUCUGAUCAAGCAGGUGUCAGAGAUAUCAAGCAUCUCUGAGGAAUGUUUGGAAUUUAAUUUGCAAGUUGUAAAAAAAGAACUUACGCUGACGAAAAUGGAUAACUUUGAAUGGAAAACAGAAGUUUUGCUGCCAGAAGUAGAUUUUAGGACUUACGUCAUAUACAGGGAUUCAAAGGAAAUUCCGAAAGAAGAAAACGAUAAGACCGAUUGGUAUUACAAACGAGAGCGUUACUCCAAUCCAUUGACUGGUGUUCCCUACGCGAGAAGGGAAAAAGCGCUCAAAAUUCACGUGGAUACAUGAUCCUCAUACGUUACAAUUUAUGCUGAGAGGUGCUCUCAGUAUUAAGCUAGUUAGUAAUUGUUUCGAAAGAGAAGUUAUUUUAUUUUUCAGCCAAAUAAAAAACAAUCGAUGCAUUAUGCAUAUUGCAACGAAGCCUGACCGAUAAAGAGUCGUUAUUUUGUCAUCAUGAACAAUAAAAAAAAGCAAAAAAAUAAACGAACGAAAUCCUUUUGAUGCCAUUCAAUAUGAGCAGUCGCGUGAUCGCUACACAAUAAAAAAUAAUCGUGCGAAUAAAGUACAGUUUAUGGGAAAGAAAAGAGAGUUGGAGAAAUACAUAACAGAUAAAUUUCUCGAACUCUUUGUUUCAUGUUGAAUUUUUAACUGUUUCAUGUUUUUUUUUUUUUUUUUCCAUGUCAUGCAAAAAAUAGUUUAAAUCGACUUUUUAUUAUUACUAAUUAUUUCACACUAGUUUUACUUUACCUGUUUAGCUUUUUAUUUCAAAUAAAAAUUAUUCAAAAUGGCCUUUUGAAACAGCAUACUAAAAAAAAAAA